GUAAUCUUUCGCUGGUUUUCAGCUUGUGGACCAUGGGAAAGGACCAGGAAUUUCUCGAAGCCGCAAGAAACGGGAAUGUAAUCGCAGUUGAAAAAUUGCUCAGUUCCAAAGCUAAAAGGGGCGGGCCCCUUGCAAGUUUAAGACGGGGGCCUGGUUCAAACGUGCAAGACUCAUCGGGAUAUUCAGCACUUCAUCAUGCCUCACUCAAUGGUCACCGGGAAAUUGUGGUAUUACUUUUGGAACACGAAGCUUCAGCCAAUAUUGUGGACAGCAAAGGAUCGUCACCACUCCAUCUAGCUGCUUGGGCUGGGCAUAGUGAUAUUGUUCGCCUGCUACUGACUACUGGUGUUCGUGUUACCCAGAUCAACCUGAAGAACAAGGACAAUGAAACGGCCCUACACUGCGGCGCCCAGUACGGUCACACGGGCGUCGUUAACCUACUGCUCAAGUACGGAGCGGAUCCCAGCAUCCGAAAUGUCCGAGACGAAACGGCCCUUGAUCUGGCGGCCCAAUACGGCCGGCUGGAGACGGUCGAACUCUUGCUGCAAUCACAUCCGGAAUUGAUUGAAAUGUACAAGAAUCAAUCGAGACUGGAAGAAGCUCGUACCAUUUCAAUUCGGGCCAAGACAUCUCCCCUUCACGCUGCCAGUCGCAACGGCCAUCGGGCCGUAGUGGACGCCCUUCUAGCCGCCGGAUUCCCCGUCUCUCUGUUGACCCAAACAGGAACGGCCUUGCACGAAGCAGCUCUCUGCGGCAAGGUGGACGUGGUGCGCCGAUUGCUGGACGCCGGUAUCGACGUGUCGCUCAAGGAUUCGCGAGGUUUUAGCGCUCUGCGGAUCGUUCAGGAUCUACCGACGGUCGUUGUCCAGGAAAUUACGAAUCUCAUUCAAAAUGGCGCCCUGUCGACCGAGUUGAGCGAAGGCGACUUGGUCAGCUGUUCUCCUGGAAAUGGCAUGCCGUUUCGAUUUCCGACAACGUCCUUUUCACCGGGAUCGCCCUACGAGAAUGUGUCCAUAUCGUCAUCGGGUCGAGGAGAGAACUACGAACGCGAGUCGCGAAUCUCAGUGUCGUCGUGCGCUUCCACCGGAGCCGAUUCCUUCAUUACGUUGCCCCGGCGCCGAUCCAAAAUGUCUUCUUCGUCUUGCCAUUCACAGAGAUCUGAAUGUAGUAAUAGCGUUUACGAAAUUCCGCCUCCCCCGCGCUCCUUACCUUGGCUCCAGCAGCAGCAGCAACAGCAGCAGCGCAACCACGAAACUGACGGCGAAAAGCGGAGCUCGUCGCAGUCGGACUUGCUCGACGACGACUCGGCUUUCGUCGGCAACGACGAUUGCCUGUCGCGCUCGUACGACGAGCGAUCCAUCGACUUCCUCUCCGAUAACCAAUCAACUGUGCUGGCAGACGACGACCGCAACGCUUUCAAACGAUCUAGUCACACGCGUCACAGCGCCGACCAGUACUUACCGAUGACCGCACAACCAGCCACCAAAGUUUCGCCGAAUCCACCGCAAAAGCCACCGAGGAAACUCCAAGGCAUGUCGGUUCACUACGAGUCGUUGCCGCGCUGCGCUGGCCGUCAAAAGCCACGCCAUUCGUUAUGUUACAGCGUUGACACCAAGACCCCCAGUUUAUUACAAUCGACCCAGGUGCCAGCCAAAAGGAAUCCAGCACCCACUGGCUCUUCGUCCGGUUACGAAUUGGUGUACUUGGCGCGGACGGGAUCGCGGGCCGAAGGUUGCGACGUCCCGGGGCCACGCUUUCGGGUCGAGAGCACCGGCAUUUAUGUCGAAAUGGCUGGUAGGGCGGAGCAGCCGACGUCCUACGAGAACGUGGAAUUGCAACACUCCAGCGUCAGUGUGGACGAUGAUUCGAUUUACGACAUCCCCCGCGAGUUGGGCGGUUCGAAAGCCUACGAGAACGUGAGCUUUCAUCCGCUGGAUCGAACCACUUCAUCAUUUGCGGCCGCGUCGAUUUCUUCUUCACCGACUUCGACCACUCCCGAAAGUCCCGGUCGAUUACCGAAUUUGCCUCCGACGCCCGACCAUCCACCUCCUCCGGCCCAUUUAGCUGAGCAGAGCAUCCAUCUGAGGAUAAGGCCACUCAGUGAGGAAUUCAAACGCAAAUCGCGUGACAUGGAGACCGAAACGGAAGAAGAACUCUUCCUGGCCUUCUCCAAUGGAUGCGACACGGGCGGGAGUAGCAGCAACGGCGGCUCCGUGUCCGUCUCCCUCUCCAUGUCCGAUAAGAGUUUGUCGGUCGACAACAUGGAGGAGGUCGUCAGUAGUGAUCAACCGUACGAAGGACUGUUGCGAGGAUCGGUGCCCGGUACAAAGUCUUCCAUGGAUCGGCCCACUUCGUUGCCAACUCGUGGCCACGCUUCCUUUUCUCCGUCAUCAUCGGUCGAUCGCCACAACGACCCCGUCACCAACGGGCCGAGCGGUGGGAAUCGGACCAGCUUGUCGGUGUUGAGUCCGUUCGACGAGGCUGAAGAAUGGUCGAAAAUUCUGGAGAUACUCAACUCUUGCAACAGCGGAUUGGAUCCGGCCGAAGACGGGACGAUGGGCGGUGACGGCGGAUGCGACGACUCCCAUCUGCUGGGCGCCGUCCAGCGCGAAUUUCAAAAUCGACUCGAUGCCAUGGGUGGAGCGCCAACGGAAGUCAAGAACCAGGACGUCAUCGAAGUGCCGCCCAUCGGAAAUCACGGUCACGACAGCGUCGCAGAUUGGCUCCUGUCGCUCGGAUUUCAACAUUAUCUCGGCCUGUUUAUUGCCAACGGUUUCGAUGACGUCGAUUUCCUGGGCGACGGCAUUGUGGAUGAUUCCAGCCUGAUGGAGAUUGGAGUGCUGGACUCUGAGCACCGGAGGCAGCUGGUCAAGGCGUCGAUGCUGCUCAAGACGCCGUUGCACAAGAUGAAUUCAGUGCUGGCCCGGCCGGAGACGGUCGACGAAUGGCUGCACCUGCUGCGCUUGAAUCACUACGGCGAGCAAUUCCACAAGAACCGCUACGACGACAUGGAGCGCGUCGCCCGCAUCUGGGAGGUCGAGCUGACGACCGUCGUCGAGAUCAAGUUGGUCGGCCAUCUCCGACGCAUGCUCGUCUCCCUGGGCGGCGGAGUGUCACUCCAACAACAACAACAGCAGCGCCCGUCCAAACUCGCCAACGGAGCCAAUAUCCCUCAUCCGGUCAAAAUCAACAACCCAGAUGAUUUAACAUCCAUGUCUUCCGAUCUGAAACUCAUCUCGUCCAAUCUGGCCCGGCUAGAGGACGAAAUCAGUCAGAAAAUGAUUGAAACGAUGGGCGAACCGCUGGCGUCUUGUGCUGGCGUCAAUGAAACUUGCAACAAGAACAACAGCAGCAGCAGCACACUGGGCAGGAGAAAGUCACGACCGGCUCCUCAACCACCUUCGUCGGUGGCCAGAAAUCAUUCCCAUCCGGUGGAACUUCUUCUGAGCGAGUUGGCCAUCCGUAACCCCACCGAGUUGGUCAUCGGCAUCGCCAAGACGGUGGCCACCCAGUGGCGACACAAACCCCAAAAUCUCCUGCGUCCAGGCGUCUGUUACGAGGCCCAGUAUUUGGGCUCGACGUUGGUGAGGCACGUCCGCGGAACGGAAUCGACCAAACGAUCCAUCCAGAAACUCAAGAAGAAGAAAGCGGAAGAGGCGGGAAAGCGGACGACCAGCAUCGUCUUGGCCAUUUCUCUGAGCGGCGUCCAGUUUCUCGAUCCGUUCAAUCAGGAGACCAUCUGCAAGCACGAGAUCCGCAACAUCAACUGGGCCUGCCAGGACGCCGACGAUCUCACCCACUUUGCCUACAUUACCAAGGAUCAGGAGUCGACGCAGGAUCACUUUUGUCACGUCUUCCAGGUCCAUUCGAUGGAUUUGGCGACGGAAGUGAUCCUGACGCUGGGCCAGGCCUUCGAAGUAGCUUAUCAGCUGGUUCUCCGUCAAGAAAUCUACAGCCCUUCCAGCGAGAAUUCUAGUCAGCCAAGUGUUGCAGCUCCGCUGAAUAACGCUCCAGUCCAGCAGCGUUCUUCCUCUCCGCCGUUGGCGGUGCCAGUAUUAUCGACGCCCAAGGCAACUGAAGCAGUAGCAGUUCCAGCAGCGGUGAAUCCUGCUGCUCCAUCCGCAGUUUUAGCUACCAAUAACAAGCCGGCGGGACGGUUCGUUGUCGAUCCAGCCCGAAAAAUCGGACCUAAACCAACUGUCCUGCCACCGAAACCCAAACUGGGCACAGCUCUACUCAAUCAACGUCCCAGCAGUCACGGGAUAAGUCACGCGCGCUCUCACUCGAGUGUGGACGGCAUGCCGGUUGCAUCCGGCGCCGCCAGCGCCAUGACGGAAACUCGUCUCCUCUCCGAGUCCAACCUGGCCAGCCUUCAGGCCAGCAAUCGGCCCACCAUCGCCACGAUGAUCUCGCUCCCUUCAUCGGCUUCCAUAUCAUCGACCGGGUCGGGUCGAGCUCCCCUGGCUGCCAAGGAUGAACUCUAACGAGAUUGUUGAAACGGCCGCCGAGUCCUUCAUCAUAAGUUCCCUGAAUUUAUCUUUGCUAAUUUGACGUUCAUCAGCUACAUAACCGCAUUCUUCCUCAUUCAAUCGAGUCAUUGUUGCUUGUUUAUCCCUCCCUUUUUGGUAUUUCGAUUCGACCCGCUUUGAAUUCGUUCCUUUUUAAUUUUUUUCGUCAGCGCGAAAACGACAUAAUAGUUCAUUGGCUGGAUGUUGAUAGCGUAUCGGCAAUAUAUAAUUAGGCCUAUAAUAUUAGAAGUUGUGCCUGAGUGGUUGGUUUUUGUUAGUCAAGAGGCCCCUAUAGAGAGACGACGGGAGCGGGCGAUGUUUUAUGCCGCAGCAGCAUUAACGUUUUAUAUGUUACCAAGUGGAUAUAUUGCCCAUCAUUAUUCAUCUUCCUAUUAAUGGAAUAUAACCACGCAAAAAAAAAAAACUUAAAUAAGGAACCAACAUUUCUAUAAAGUUCGUUUUUCUUAUUUUUUAACUAGAUCAAUCGUUACCGGUACUUAACAUAAAAAUCGCCUACUUGGUCAAAAAAAUGUUUCCAAACGACGAAUACCCCAAAACAAUUUUCUAAAAUUUGUUUUGAAAAUGAUGUAAUAAUGUGCGUGUUGUGUAAUUCCCAAUAACUGUCUAUAAUAUUUAGAGAUCUCUCUCCACCCCAUUUUGUUUUAUCGGAACGCUGUUAUAUCGCCCACCUGUUUGAUUGAGGGAACGGAUCCUGAUUGAUACAAUUUUUAGAUUGAUACUCCUCUUUUCAAAAUUCCUACGUUCGGUCACCGUUUGUCUGUCAAACAUCCGUCGAGUCCGAUUUGUUUGUCUGUGAGUUGCUGAACGUGGCGAUUGAGUUCAAAAAAUCACGGGAACAAAUCUGAACGGAUGCUGCUGCUAUUAAAUUGAUUGGCGUUUUGAUCGAACCGACUCACGAUCAUCGGCCAGAAAUUAAAGAGAGACUGUGUAAUAGUAGAUGACGUCUCAGUCUUGUACAGGUGUUUUCUAGGCUCUAAUUUGUACAGGGCAGUGUGCUGUGACGUGUUCCUUUUAUACUUGUGCACGAAUGGCGUGAAAAAAAACAUCAUCGGAAUAUUUUCACACGUUAUUGCCCGAUAAUCCUAUUCUAAUAGAAUUUCACGAUUCCUCCCCCUCUUGCUCUUUUUAUUCUACGUUAUUUAAAAAAGACAUUUUUUUCCAGUGUUUCAUCAUACGUGUAUUAUAUAAUACCGCGCUAAUAUGCAUUCGAAAUGUGGCCAUGACUAUAAAUUCAUAUGACGUAACACCUCGCUGAUGGCUAAUGUUUUGUUUUUAUUUUGUAAUAUGACCACGAUGUGUGUCUUUCUCGUGCUGCUGUUCUCUCCUCUCUCUUUCGCUCUUUAUAUUUUGAUUGAAACCGUUGUAAUACAAAUUACUUGUGCAAUCGGA